AUGGCCCUCAUCACGGAACUGCUGAACAGCCCAUAUGUGGUGCAGACUGUGGGUGUCGCCUUAGUGGUGUGGUUUAUCACAACCAGUUGGGCGGAUAUCGCGAAUGAACUUCCUUACAGACGUAUUCCUUUGGUUGGAAAAUCUGGAUGGGAGCUCACCAACAAGAAGGCCCGGGAACGCUUUACGCAAUCAGCUCGUCAAUUGAUUGCAGAAGGCUUUACACAGGGGAGGAAUGUGUUUCAGCUCAUGGGUGCUACCACGCCGAUGAUCAUAUUGCACCCCAAAUAUGUCGAUGAAAUCAAGAACAACCCCGACUUGAGCUUUGAAGACGCCAUUAAAAGUACCUUUUUCGACAACCGUAUUCCUGGAUUCGAACCAUUUCAUAAUGGGACAUCUCAACAAGUGACCGUUGAGGUGGUGCGGACUAAGUUGACACAGGCGCUCGGAUCUGUAUCAAUUCCGCUCUCCAAGAAGACAGCUGAAAUAUUGAAAGAUUCAUUGCCCCCCACUGACGAAUGGAAGCCCUAUUAUAUCGCCUCUAUGAUCCCGCACAUGGUUGCCCGCCUCUCCUCUUUGAUAUUCGUUGGAGAGACCAUCUCCAACGACGCAGAGUGGGUCGAGGUCUCCGUGAACUACGCUAUCGAUGCCUUCAUGGCCAUGCGCGAUCUGCGAGGAUGGCCCGCCAUUCUGCGCCCGAUCGUCUGUCGAUUUUUGCCCUCUGCCCAAAAGUUGCGCAAGCACCUGAAAAAGGCUCGCUCCAUCAUCAACCGCGAAAUAGACCGACGAGCAUUGAUCCGUGCAGGCAAGCUCCCGGAAGAGAACCCCCCUCGCAAUGCUGAUGCCCUGGACUGGUAUCGCGAGACUGCCGAGGCUCGGAACCAGUUAGAUUUCGAUCAGUCUUGUUCUCAAGUGGGAUUGGCGCUGGCGGCCAUUCAUACUACAUCGAACCUGCUCACCAAUGUCUUGUACGACCUGGCAGCGUAUCCGGAGUACAUCCAGCCGCUGCGUGAUGAGAUCCGUGCGGUUGCUGCCGAGGAUGGAAUUUUGAAGAAAACCAGUCUGCUCAAGUUGAAACUGAUGGACAGCGUGUUGAAAGAGUCGCAGCGCAUGCAUCCAGUAUCGCUCACCUCCAUCACCCGCCUGGCCCACAGGGAAGUCGUUCUCUCCGAUGGGACCGUGAUUCCCAAAGGCGCCAAUAUUUCCGUUUCCACCAAGACGUUAGAAGAUGACAGCAUCUACCCCGGUGCUGCCACUUAUGAUGGUUACCGAUUCUUUAAGAAACGCCAGCAGCCCGGCAACGAACACAAGCAUCAAUUUGUCACAACGACAGCCGAUCACUAUGUCUUCGGUCACGGUAUCCAUGCCUGCCCUGGUCGAUUCUUUGCAUCAAAUGAAUCCAAGAUCAUGCUUCUUCAUUUGCUCUUGAAGUACGAUUUCAAGUUGGAGAGCGAAGGACGGCCCCAGAACAUCGAAAAUGGUGUCGAGUCUAUCACCGACCCAAGAGUCCAGAUGUUGUUCCGGUCGCGCGAGUCCGAGGUGGACCUGAGCUUCCUGGGAGAGUAA